UUCCUGUUGCCCAGUCGAGUGUCAUGGCGGAAGAGUGAUUGUAGCGAAGGUCAAGUAAGACGAGCUUUUUUGUGUGACUUUUUUGACGUGAACGCAGUAUAGAGGAAUCGACUUUCAAGAUGAACAUGAUGCAGACGACCAGGCGAGCCGCGCGGAACGUCACUACGGGAUUUAUUGGCACCUGCAUGUUCCCUCAAAAUGGAGUCGUGGAGGGCUCCGUGCUCUAUGGCUCUGGAGCGUCGUCAUCGCCGCAGCUCAAUGCAGCCGCGGCCUUAGACACUCACAUCGGCAACAUAGACCCUGGCGGCGCCGCCAAGCAUCGAACCAGCGCCCUGGAAGUGAGCUCCAUGGGCGGAUUCGCCGCCAAGAACCACCGCGGCGACAGCGACGACAUCGACGACGGCUCUUUGCCAUGCACGCCCGAGCUGCAGAGCCACGACGACGUCCUGGACUCGGACACAAGGAGACUCAUUAGCCGCUUCCUCAGUGACUUUACCGGCCUAACGACGAGUUCCUGGACUCAAAGUAAAGCACAGUCUACCAUGAAAAGGGUCGUGAGCAACGUGUUGGACAAGCACAGAUAUAAAUACAAUGGUAUCAUCAACACACUUUCUCUGGACAACCAUGGGGACGACAUGGACUUUGUCAGUGCAGUGGCCAAAAGCCUUUUCUCAGAUGGGACCACCAACUGGGGCCGCAUCGCCAGCCUUGUGGCCUUUGGGGCGGCAGUUUCUCAGUACCUGAAGGACAAGAACAGGGAACACUGUGUGGAGCUGGUGGCCCAGGAGAUCUCCUCGUACCUUCUGGUGCACCAGCAAAACUGGCUCGUGAAAAACAACUCUUGGGAUGGCUUUGUUGAGUUCUUUCAGGAAGCUGAUCCAGAGGCCACAAUGAGGAACACGCUCAUGGCCUUUGCAGGGUUUGCCAGCAUUGGGGCGACACUAGCCCUGUUGAUCAGGUGAAUUUGAUGGACAUUUAAAGACUAUUUUUGACACAAACAACAUUGAUGCUGGGUUCUUAGAACUUCCUCAUUGGGAUCGGACUUAAACAUGGAAAUGAAGGCUUAGCCGCUGUUGUUGAAAAAUCCUUUUUCAUUUUUGUCACGGACACGCCUACCUUCAGCAGUUGACUUAUUGAGCAAUUAGGAAUUAUUUAAUUUACAAAGAAAUUUAUUUUUCUAAUAGAUGUCAAAUAUGUUUCUAUGCAAAUUUAAAAGCGUGUCGUCUGAAUUGCUUGAAUUUUGGUCGAUUUUUAGUUUACGAGCUGAUGACAUUUCCCCCGCUGGCGUGUUGUACGACUUUGAAGCAGCAAAGCUCAGCGACGUUUGCCAUGUGCAGCAGUGAUGAAGCUCAUUUCCAUAAGUCUCAUUCCUAACCACCGGGACUAUCCAGCUUUGCGAGCGGAACGAGGCGCAUUUGCAUCAUUCUAGUGCAACUCGGCACGGCACUGGGAAGCGACUCCUGCCUGCAGAACUUUGGGAAGAACUUAGGUCUGGAAGCUUCCAGUCGCCCGCAAGAACCGCUCCAAGGAUGGAGUCGGAGACGCGGUGCUAAAAGUGUGAAGAUGAUGGACUUCAGCGCGGGCUGGCACCGGUCCAGUUGCGAGCUAGAUAUGUAUAUGACGUUGCAAUUAUUAGUGAAUAAACAAUUGAAUGAUGUCA